AUGCCGUCCAUUUCCAUCGACACCCUCGUCAAUCACCUGCUUGUCGCUAAGCGCUCCCUCUCCUCUAUGACUCUUGUACUACGCGCCAACGAGAUCGCUACCGUGGCCCGCCAGUCGCACGAAGACGUCGCCAUUUUAGCAGCGCAGGCCGGCUUCCUACGGACGUCGAUACUAGACCAGGCUGCCAUCCUCGUGCGGGUCCGGAGGAGCCUACAAGGCACAUAUGACAGGGGCAAGAAAGACUUUAAGAAGUUGGUCAAGUCGAUGGACUUGGCUGAUGGAGAGCUUGGGCACACCAUGGAGAUGCUCCAGAGUACCAGCGUUGAAAGCGUCUUUCGGCCUAAAGGUGAGGAGAGACGGACUCUGCUCGACUUCAUCGACGAAGGCGGCGUGCAUGGCAUGCGCGAGACGAUGAAGAAGAGCAUCCAAGAGCUACAGGCAAUUCAGCAGUCGUUUGACGGAGACUUGCUCCGUUUCGAUACCGACAUUCGCAGCCUCAAGAAGAUCAUCGUCGAUGCCCCGAGCCUGUCACGCGACGCCAGCGACACAAAUCCAUCCACGGGCGAGCUCCUUGAAAUAUUGGUUGAUCAUUCAGCCAACAUGGCACAGCUUCUGGUGUCAUUGACUCAUCACUUUGACAUGUGCGUCACCGCGAUCCGAACUACAGAGGGUGGUGUUGCUCUCGCCCGUAGAAGGGCCGCCGAGGCUACACAAUCCCAAGGAAGUGACGGCGUCUCCAUCUCGGGAGUCAUUGCGGAACAAGAAUCCAAUGUCUCUGAUCUUGAGCCCAAGACCUCCAAGGAUCGCGCAGAGAUGCUAAAGGUCGUUAUCCAAGACGCCGGAGAGGUGGAAGAUGUGGUCCAAGAGAUCCAAGAACGCCUCGCGGCUAUGGAGCAAGGCUAUGCUGUGCUGCAGGAGCAGCACGAGAGGUCGACCAAAGCGUAUACAAGUAUGCUAGAUGCAUAUGCCAUGCUUGGCGACAUCGGCGAUCGACUCGCCGACUAUCUUGCAGCCGAGGGAGACUUUAGAACAAGGUGGGAAAUGGAAAAGGAAGGCGUCUAUGCCAAGCUUGAGGAGAUGCACCAGCUCAAGGACUUUUACGAGCGCUAUGCCAGCGCCUACGACAGUUUGAUCCUUGAGGUUGAGCGCCGACACGCUGUCGACGACCGGGUCAGGAGCAUCUGGCGCAAGGCCCAAGACAACGUCGACAAGCUGCUCAAGGAGGACGGCGCAUCUCGUGAGACGUUUAGACAAGACGUUGGGGAGUUUCUACCCACUGAUCUCUGGGCCGGUAUGCAAGGCUCAGCCAGAAGAUGGGCAGUUAUGCCGAUCAAGGAUGACGGCACUGAUGACGACGGCGAGGAUGUACAAGGACCUGCACUACGAAAGAGUGUUGUCGAGGCAGCGCGAGAAAGGCUUCUACGGGCGACCGCGGAGCCAAGACGAUGA